CUUCUUGCAUGCUUGUUCAAUUCGUGUAUGUCAUGAUAUUUGGUGAGAGUAGAUAUGCAUUAGAAGACCUCGAGGAAUAUGACCCUAGGCACAUAUAAGAUUAUCACUCGUGAUUUCUACAUCAUUUUUUUGGCACACGAAGAUUUCUAAUCAUAUAUAAAAGCAUCUAAUCAUCUUAUGCCUAGUAUAGAAUCUUUUUUGUUUUUUUUUUAGAUUUUCUUAUGAAACCAGUACUAGAAGUUAAACUAAAAACCUAAAGAUCAUGGAAGAGAUACUUCGAGAAGGAGGAGUUUCGAGUUCACCCAUCUUGAAGACAAAGGAAGGAGCAUCUAUCUCAAGAGGAGAAGAGCCCUCAAGCCCCAGCAACUUUAAGAAAUCCUUGGAAGAGAAGGACAACAUAGACGAAGACAACUUUGAUCGGGAAGAAGAGGGAGCAUCUUCAACACCUUCAACGCCAAUAAUGGGUGGAGAAGAAGGACAAAGACAAGUGGUCAUUCCACCAACUCUUUAUGAAUACCUGAAGCAUUGUUGCGCCACCAACAACCAUAGAGAUUAUAACUCAACUCAUCCAAAUGGUGCAACAAGCAGGUAAGUAUGGUGGCAGGAAUGAUGAUGAUUCAGUGUAACACUAGAAGACAUUCUCAAAGAUCAUCGAUCUCAUAUCGAGAGAUGAUGCUACCAAAGAUGGGACUCGACUAUGACUUUUUCCAUUGUCACUUGGAGGAGGAGCAAUGUAGUGGCUCAACUGCCAUCCACCAGGAACCUUCACCACAUGAGACACCCUUUCACCAACAUUCAUCAAGGAGUACUUUCCAUUGAUCAUAAAAUUUAGGUCAAAUGCAGGCGGAUCGACCUAAAUCCGUGAGUGACCCGCCCGCAUGCCCAGUCCUACACGAGCCAAAGCCACAUGAUCUUGACUAGGUAUUAUGGUCUAAAUUGAAGAGAGUAUCCACACAUAUAUAUUUCUUGCAAAUUCAGCUACCUUCCUUUCCUCUCUUUCUAUCCGUCCUUUGAAUAGUCUUAUCUUUUCCACCAUCGUUCGUAUUGAGAAGUCAUCGAGAAAGAGAGGAGGCAAGCCUUUCACGUGGAGGUGGGCUGACGAAUUGCCCUUUUGCAUGCAACUGCAAAUCCACCACCUAAUUAUAUACUGCCCCCUUGCACUUCUACUACUACUUGACGUGUCUUUCAAUUGCGUGACUUCGAUUUUAAUUUUCUGUUUUUUGUCUUUUCCCUUGUUCCACAAACAAACCCUUCUUUUCCAACUCACAAAUAUUAUUAUAUAUAAUUCACAAAGACACAUAUACGAGGGGAAAAAGGACUUUGCAGCUACUAAUUAGUUUGUCCCCCGUGAAAAUAAAAAGUAGAGAUUCAUUCAUAUUCGUGUUUGCUUUCCAAGUUUCCAAAGGCCUCAUUUUGGUUACACCUUAGCUUACCAUGAAUGAGGAAAGGAAACAAACAUCCCAAGCUAAAUUCAUGCAAACCCACCACGUGGCGCCCUCAGAAUCCAUUCCUGUGUACAGUUGGAUGUGCAUCUCAUCCACAAUCCCAAAACCUAGACCAUAUGAUCAUAUUCCUGCCACAGGACAGGGUACGAUGUGAAAACGAUGGCUAAACAAACUGACAAGACCAAUGACAUUAUUUAUAUCCAGUUGAGCAGAUAAUUUUACUUGAACAGAUUGGAUGUAUAACCAAAUUAUGUAUUUUUAUAAAGGACUCUAAAUUAUAUAAUAUCUACAAGAACAGUUUAAUCUAAAUAAUUUAAUAUAUAUAAUGAAUUUAUAUUGUAUACUAAUUAAUUAACAUGCUCAUAUUAAAAUAAAAAAACUCAUAUGGAUUUAAUUUUUACAAAUAUGAAUACUACAUGCUUAUGGAAAAGACGGAUAAGAUUAUAUAUGUUAUUUGAAUCCCUUAUGCAUCCACUUAAUUUGUAGAUAAGGAUAAUGUGGGUUGAUGUGACUUGAAUCGGACUACCAGCCGCUUCGAUUGGUAGUCGGGGGGGCCCGCGGUGUAUGGGCUCAAUGUUAUUUGGGUUCGGGUUUCGGGCCUGGUCUGUAACCUCCUUUGUCAGAUUGGGUUAGGUUUAGACCCACAUGUAGAAGUACUAUAUAUACUUGUCAUACUCCUUUGUAAUCUGUAAUCUCCUCGAUAUAGUGAAACUGGCUCUCUCGCCCGUGGACUAGCUAACACACAUCGUGUUAGUGAACCACGUAAAUCGUGUUAGUGAACCACGUAAAUCGUGUGUCUGUAUUUUUUCAAUUCUCGCUUUCGUAUUCUUGCUUUAUCGAUUCCGACAAUUUAUCGAUCCGUAGCCGCGCGUUUAUAACAUUACGAUAGUUUGUGAAAAAGAGAUUAGAUAUAUAAUCAUUCUAAGGAUCAUUUUGAAUGACUUUUGAAUUAUAUAAAAUAAAUUGGAUAUUGAUUUUAAAAUAUUUAUUCAUAUAUUUAUUGCACUGUCUUGGGGGCAGUUAGUCAUUAAAAGCUUUGCAGGUACUGUUACUAGUCAAGUUUAUUAAAAAAGAGGAUUAAGAGCCGUAAUCAAGCGGCUUGGCGGGGAACAACGGAACGUAAUAAUUGAGCAAAGGAACCAUUCAACCAGAACCAAAACCCAUCCUAUCAAUUGUCAAAUUUCAUCAGAUCUCUUGAAAUAUUAUUAUGACAAUUAAGUUCUGAUAAGGAUGUGUGCGUGUCUUUCUUUCUCUAGAUGAUCAGUUAAUUUCUUCAAAUUGAAUUUUCCGUUUGAUUUGUUGUUUGUGAUGUAGUCAAAGUUGUCAAUCCGCAUAUUGACCCACUUUGACUCUGACCCGAUAAAAAAAACAUGUUGCACGCACUCGGCUGGUCGACCACUACAAGGUAUCGGAUUGGAGGUCACAUUGUGUCAUUUUUUUUUCUUUAGUUUGCGAAAUGCGCCUAUUUUCCAAUUUUUCUUUUCGCCUAACUCAAUCUUUGUAAUCCUUAGUUGAACAUUUGAAUAUUGAUGUUAUGUAAGUGUGUGUGAAUUUUCACUAUAUGUUGGAUUUAAGUACGACAUGUUACUUUGGUUAAUGUUACAAGUUAUUACUCAUAUGUUAGAUGAGAUUUUAUAUAAUUUAUCAGAAUAAGUAUAAUAUAAUGACUCUUUCCAUAUUUCCGGACUAAAAUGGGUGAUCCAUUAACCACUGACCCACUAGUUUGACCGGAUCCGGGUCAACCCGCGGAUUGACAACUUUAGUGUUUUAUUUUACGUGGGGUGGGCCUGAGAAGGGGAAAGUUCGAGGACAAUUUAGUCAUCCUGAAGAUGAUAAUGAGAGGCGGUUUUCUUAAACCAUUUUUCUGAGAAUCUUUUCUUAAACCAUUUUUGUUCUCGUUUUUUGCAACUUAAACUCAUAUUCAUGUGAGAGAUUUUUUGCAAUCUUAUUGUUAUAUCCAUGUUUUCGGGUACUAAUACAUAGUAUUCGUUUCAUAUAUUAAAUAUUAUACCUAGAAUUAACACCAUGAAGAUGAAGUGUGUGGUUACUGGGGCUGAAGAUAGGGUGCAUAACCAUGGUUAUAUUCAUGGUUAUGCACCCAUCAAUAACUAAAUUUGGACCCUUUAUUCAGAAAAUUCAGAUAUAAGGAUGGAGAAUUAAAGAUCAUUUUUAUUUUUCUUUGUUUUCUUAAUCGGCUCAUAUCUUCUUCGUUUUAACUUGGAUUUCAAUUUUUUUGCACAGAUGGAACGAGUUCCUUGUGCUCUACAAAACGAGAUCCAUUUUCAAUAUUUUUUUAGGAAAAAAAUUCUUGCCUCUCUGUACCAUCUGCAUACCAUAUGGUAUCUUCUUUGUUUUUAAUUCGUUUUUGAAAACGUUCAUCGUGAUUUAUUGGAUCUACAAAUUUCUGGGUGAACAAAUUACAGGACCAAAAAAUACCACAAAAUACCACCCUGGUACGAGGUGGUAUCUUGUGGUAUACAGUGUUAAAAGUGGAUAUCAUUUUGGUAAAAAACGGCUAAAUAUUUUUUUUCCAAAAAUAUAUCAAAGUGGAUAUCAUUUUGAAGAGCACAAUUAAUAUGAUCUAACUGUGCAAAAAAAUUAAAUUUCGACUUAAAACGACUGAGAAAUCGUCCGACAAAGAUUAAAGAGUGGAAAAUUAAAGACUUUCCAAGAGAAAUGCUGAUUUCAUGCUGAUAUGAGCGAGUUACUCAUGAUUACUCACCACAAAAUUACUCACAUUGUGUCCGUUACUAGUUAUAGUUGCUUGAUUGUUAAAUAAAUAACUGCGUUAUUU